ACAGUUCAGUAGAAGGCCCACGCUAUUUAAAGGGCGGCAACAUGGCUCGCGGUUUAGUCAAACAGGAAUCCGUCGAGUCCGAGAUGCAUAAAUCAGAAGACCAAAGUAAGACUUUUGUGUACACGAAGAAGAGGGGGUAUGAUGUCACACGUAACCCCCACCUCAACAAGGGUAUGGCCUUCUCUCUGGAGGAGCGGCUGCAAUUGGGCAUCCACGGCCUCCUCCCCCCCUGCUUUCUGAGCCAGGACGUGCAGCUGCUUAGGGUCAUCCGCAACUACGAGAUAAAGAAGGACGACCUGGACAGGUAUGUGUUUCUGAUGGGGCUCCAGGACCGCAAUGAGAAGCUCUUCUACAGGGUGCUGGCGUCAGACAUUGAGAGGUUCAUGCCCAUCGUCUACACCCCCACUGUGGGCCUGGCCUGCCAGAUGUAUGGCCUCACCUUUAGGAGACCAAGGGGGCUCUUCAUCACUAUCCACGACCGCAACCACAUCAGCACAAUGCUGCAGUGCUGGCCGGAGAAGGACAUCCGGGCGGUGGUGGUGACGGACGGCGAGCGGAUCCUGGGGCUGGGUGACCUGGGCUGCUACGGCAUGGGCAUCCCUGUGGGCAAACUGGCGCUGUACACGGCAUGUGGAGGCAUGCCCCCUCAGCAGUGCCUGCCAGUCAUGCUGGACGUGGGCACAGACAACGAGGAGCUGUUGAAGGACCCUCUGUACAUUGGGCUGAGACACAAGCGUGUGCGUGGGAAGGCCUAUGAUGAGCUGCUGGAAGAGUUCAUGAAGGCCGUGUCAGACAGGUAUGGCAUGGACUGUCUGAUCCAGUUUGAAGACUUCGCCAACAUCAAUGCCUUCCGUCUUCUGAGCAAAUACCGUAAUGAAUACUGCACUUUCAACGACGACAUCCAAGGCACAGCUGCUGUGGCAGUGGCUGGGCUCCUCGCUGCCCUCCGCAUCACUAAGAGCAAAAUGACAGACCACACCAUUCUCUUUCAGGGAGCGGGGGAGGCUGCCAUGGGCAUAGCUGACCUGAUCGCCAUGGCGAUGGAGAAGGAAGGACUUCCGAAGGACAAGUGCCUUAGAAAGAUCUGGAUGGUUGACUCCAAGGGCCUCAUCGUCAAGGGCCGAGACAACCUGACCCAUGAGAAGGUGAGGUUUGCUCAUGAGCACCCACAGAUAAGCAAGCUGGAGGAUGCGGUGAAGGAUCUCAAGCCCACGGCUAUUAUAGGUGUGGCGGCCAUUGCUGGAGCCUUCACGGAGCAGAUCAUCAGGGACAUGGCAUCAUUUAACGAGCGACCAAUCAUAUUCGCUCUCAGCAACCCUACCAGCAAAGCAGAGUGCACUGCAGAGCAAUGCUACACCAUCACAGAGGGCCGGGGCAUCUUUGCCAGUGGAAGCCCAUUUGACCCCGUGACCCUUCCCGAUGGGCGGAAGUUCUUCCCUGGUCAGGGCAACAACUCUUACGUGUUUCCCGGUGUGGCUUUGGGGGUCACGGCCUGUGCCAUCCGGAACAUCACUGACGAGAUCUUCCUCACCACUGCCGAGACCAUUGCUGACCUGGUGACAGAAAAGGACCUCUCUGAGGGAAGACUCUACCCUCCCCUCACCACGAUCCGGGACGUGUCCUUCAAGAUUGCCGUCAAGAUAGUAAAGCUUGCAUACAAGCACAAGAUGGCCACACUGCAUCCAGAGCCCGAAGAUAAGGAGGCCCUGGUGCGGUCACUCAUCUACAGCACUGACUACGAGGAGUUUGCCGUGGACUCGUACCGCUGGCCGGAGGACGCCAUGGUCAUCCAGAGCUGCAAGCUGUGACGGGCACAGUCAGGGGACUGGUCCGGAAGGAGAGGAGGAGGAGGAGGAGGAAGAAGAUGAAGUAACUGUAUCGAUCAUAGCACUGUUUUUACAUGUUCUUGAUGCUUUCUAUGUCGUUGUGUGUUGCCCGCUGUCAACUCCAAAGGAAACUAAAGAGGUAAAUGCUGAGUAAAGGUGUUUUUAUUACCAUUGAAA